AUGCCUGGGUCCGCAGCCGCAAGUUGGCAUGCUGCAUGGUUGCUGGUAAAACAGGAAAUGGGAAAACAGAGUCUGUCGCUGGGAAGAGAUGAUAUAGUUCAGCUAAAAGAAGCCUACAAAUGGAUAACUCACCCCCUGUUUUCAGAGGAACUGGGUGUUCCCAUUGAUGGAAAGAGCUUGUUUGAAGUGAGUGUGGUCUUUGCUCACCCAGAAACAGUUGAGGAUUGCCACUUCCUAGCUGCGAUAUGCCCAGAUUGUUUUAAGCCAGCCAAAAACAAACAGUCUGUAUUCACUAGAAUGGCAGUUAUGAAAGCCUUGAAUAAGAUAAAAGAAGAGGAUUUCCUUAAGCAGUUUCCUUGUCCUCCAAACUCACCAAAGGCUGUAUGCACUGUUCUUGAAAUUGAAUGUGCUCAUGGUGCUGUUUUUGUGGCUGGGAGGUAUAAUAAAUACUCCAGGAAUCUACCACAAACUCCUUGGAUAAUUGAUGGAGAAAGAAAGCUGGAAUCUUCAGUGGAAGAAUUAAUUUCAGAUCAUCUGUUGGCAGUAUUCAAAGCAGAGAGUUUUAAUUUUUCAUCCUCUGGAAGAGAAGAUGUAGAUGUGAGAACAUUAGGAAAUGGAAGGCCCUUUGCAAUUGAGCUGGUGAAUCCUCAUAGAGUACAUUUCACUUCACAAGAAAUUAAGGAACUUCAGCAGAAAAUUAAUAACUCAUCUAACAAAAUCCAAGUACGUGACUUGCAGCUUGUCACAAGAGAGGCAAUAGGACAUAUGAAAGAAGGUGAAGAAGAAAAGACAAAGACCUACAGUGCCUUAAUAUGGACAGAUAAAGCGAUCCAGAAGAAAGACAUUGAAUUCCUAAAUGACAUAAAGGACUUAAAGAUCGAUCAGAAAACACCUUUGCGCGUCCUUCACCGAAGGCCCCUGGCUGUGCGAGCUCGCGUCAUUCACUCCAUGGAGACGCAGUACGUGGAUGAGCACCACUUCCGCCUGCACUUGAAAACUCAGGCCGGCACCUACAUUAAAGAGUUUGUACAUGGAGACUUCGGGAGAACCAAGCCAAACAUUGGGUCCCUGAUGAAUGUGACCGCAGACAUUCUUGAGCUGGAUGUUGAGUCUGUAGAUGUUGACUGGCCACCUGCUCUGGAUGACUAGCUUUCAAAUUUGGAGACAAAGAGUAGGGUUUUCCUGGCAUGGUGUGGACAUCCACGGAGCACACGCCGUAAAAUGGCUGUUUACCCACCAUAACGGUGUCUUGGAAACCAUUUGGAUCAUGUUGAUCUAUAUAAUUGUUAAUUUGUUGUAACAUCUCAGGAUCUAUAUAUGUGUAUAUUUUGUGUUAAAUUGUUCCAAGGAUGUCUUACGAUUUUUCUCAUUCCCUCUCUCACCCCCACAAACCAAACUAUGAAUAAUGAAAUAAUUCUCCUUAAUUCUUUCAUUUAGAGAGGUACACAAACAGAACACAUUCUCUCUAAAGAAGCUUUAAUUUCAGCAAGAUUUCCCUCCACAAGAGACAUACUACCUUUAAAAUCAUGUUCUAAUUUUUAAAAAUUAUCUGAAUAAAAGUUACAUCUAGAUUUAUGCAGCAUAAUAUCCUAUAAUAUUCUAAGAUUGCAAAUGCAAAUCUGACAUUAUUAUUUUUCCCAGGAAGCCUGAAACGAGCUAUUACCAAUGAAGUACUUUUGGCUGUGAUUUGUCGUAAAUCUUAACCAAACUAUGAAUAAUGAAAUAAUUCUCAUUAAUACUUUCAUUAAGGAAGAAUUUUGACAAUCUAAAAUUGUCAAUACAUUUUUCCUGUGGAGGGAAAGUAAAACCAUAGGAACCAAGGCAUGCCAUGGUAGGAGCCUUUCAUAAAUCUUUUAAAUAAGGAGAAACAAGUGCCUUUAAUAACUUCAAUCCCAGGGUUAAGAAUUUGAAAAAUUGAGAAUGCUAAACAAAGAGGAACUGAUAUUAUUUCAGAAUACUUCAAUAUAUUAUCCAAUUAUAAACAUUUUAAUGAUACCUUAAAAGUAGAUAGGAUAUUGUCUCCAUUUUAUAAAUAUGGAAACCAAAGACUAGAAGUUAAAUGACUUAUCCAAAAUUGUUAGCUACUUCUAUAUUGAGGACUAGAACUGAAGUUUCUUGGUCUCCAGGGUCUUUCUAAUAAGCGCUAUUAUUGAACACCUGUUUGUGUGAAGGGGCAGCUAUGGAUGCCAUUUAAACUCACGUAACUGAGAAUUAACUUUUGGAAUGUAGUUACCAAAUCAAAGAGCUCACCAAAAAAUAGCCCAAGACUAUUUAAUGCAAUCUUAUAUAGUUACCAUUUGUUAUUAAGUUAAAGCUCAGUUGGUAUUACAAAGAGGAAAAACAUUAAGCUAAACCUAAAAAAAAUGAAUGGGUCAUUAAAUUUCAGAAAGGAGGCUUAUUACAAUUUCAGAUUUGAGUAUAAUUUCCAUCACCCUAAUUCAACUAUUUGAGCUUUUUUUAAGAAUACAUGUAACUUGACUAGUAUUAGAUUACUCACCAUUUCCCAUCUCUGUAUUAAACAUAAAUCACAGAUACCAAGAUUUACUUUAGAUAUGAGGAAAAUGGUUUUAAUGGACAUAAAGGAGUCAGCCACGUUGGAACCAACAUGGUUUCAUACCACGUUGAAACCAUGUGUUUGAUAUGUGAAUAACAGCAAAUACUUUUUUCACUAUUGUCAAUGCCAAUGCAUUGAAAUGCCCAGAAAAUGAGAAAAGGAUAACAAAUAAACUUUUGAUAAAAAGGAGGUGCUGAAGACCGCUGUCAUCCAUGAUGGCCUAGCACGUGAAAUUUGCAAAGCUGCCAAAGGCUUAGACAAGUGCCAAGCCCAUCUUUGAGUGCUGUGUGUGCUUGCAUCCAACUGUGAUGAGCCUAUGUAUGUCCAGUUGGUGGAGGCCCUUUGUGCUGAACACCAAAUCAACCUAAUUAAGGUUGAUGACAAGAAACUAGGAGAAUGGGCAGGCCUCUGUAAAACUGACAGAGGGGAAACCCCGUAAAGUGGUUGGUUGAAGUUGUGUAGUAGUUAAGAACUAUGGCAAGGAGUCUCAGGCCAAGGAUGUCAUUGAAGAGUACUUCAAAUGCAAGAAAUGAACAAAUAAAUUUUUGGCACACA